AUGACAGAAUCAUACGAUCCCGAUGAGUAUCCUGGGUUGCAGGCCACCAAAGUAGACUACGGACUUAAAGAGUCGCCGCCACCAUUCGAUACUGGGGAUCUGUCGCCUAAAGAUGGCGGUCCGAAACACGAUGAAGACGAGGCAACGUUUCCGGGCAGUACCCGUAAGCUGCCGGAAUUCUCCAAGCCCGAUCCAACUUCGGGCAACUCGGUGCUGAUCAGACAUUUAGCUCCUAAUCGACCAGACAUAGCCUUUUUCGAAAAUGAGCACCACUUCCGUGCCAUUUUGACGGAUGAUAGCCCUCAGGUGCUUCCAAAGAUGAAGCCCAGGCCGGAAAUUCCACACCCGGAACCUAUGGAGGCUCAACCUGUGGACCAAAGUGAUGCCGAGAGGGCUGCGAGAGAGGCGCUUUUCUUGAUAAGUCCAAAUGAGCCGAAGGACGAGAGCGCGCCCUCUGCGAGUUUGAAGGAAGCCCUUUCCCAGCCCCUACCAUCAUCCAAGGAGGCUUCGCUCAAGGAGGAACCCCAACAAACACCUCCCAAUAUACCUCAUCUGUUGCCUCAUCCAUUUAUCCCCCAGGAAAGGAAAUUGUCGGACCCCGACUCGCGCCUGAGCAAGUUGCUUAUCACGCCUACGGAACCCACGGCCCAGCUACCAGCGCUCCAUUCGUCGGCUCUGGGAAACUCGCUGGAUCAUAGCUUGCCCUCUCUUCAGACUGCGUUGGCGGGAGUUACCGAUGUACCACCACACAGCAGCGCUGCCCGUAUCAACGGUACUUCUUCAUAUACUCUGCCUCCAGUCACGGCUUCCUCGCCCCCAAUCUCAAGAUCGGAUACGGUGUGGGAGCACCAACGCUUAGGACAAUUUCCCCCUCCUCAAGUUCCGCCCAGUCCCUACUCGCACUUGUCACCUGCAAGCUCGAAGGAAAUGUCGGCUAUGUCUUCGCCCGCGUCGCAGCAGUCGUACUGGCGACCGCCCCUCAAGGCGGACUUAAAUUAUCUUACUUCCCCGUACGAGGCUGCACCGUCGACUGUCAAGAGCCCGGCAACGAGCUAUCCAACGCCGACAGACCAAACUCCGGCCGCGACCUGCGACCGCCCAUACAGCACCCCUUCCAACGGGGUGGUUCCUACCUGCACUUACAAGUGCCGCCACCCGGGGUGUACUGCCGCUCCGUUCCAAACACAAUAUCUCCUGAACUCCCAUGCAAACGUCCAUUCCCAGGACCGUCCUCACUUCUGCCCGAUCGACGGCUGUCCACGGGGGCCAGGAGGGAAGGGAUUCAAACGCAAGAAUGAGAUGAUUCGACAUGGCCUCGUUCAUAACUCACCGGGCUACGUAUGCCCCUUCUGCCCGGAUCAGCAACACAAGUAUCCUCGGCCGGACAAUCUUCAACGACAUGUCAGGGUCCACCACGUCGACAAGAACCGCGACGACCCGGCACUCCGCCAGGUUUUGGCCCAACGGCCUGAGGGCAGCACGCGUGGUCGACGUCGUCGAACAAACGGCCCAUAA